GCCUAUAAACAUAAACAACAACAAAACAAACAAGAUUCAGUAGAGACGGUAAAAAAAUGCAGAGAAUUAGAGUUUUUGAGUUUCUUGAAAGAUAAAAUAAUAAUUUCUUUGUAUGAAAGUAUCUGCGAUUUUAUUUCUAAAAUAAACUCUUAUAUCAGGUUAUAAAUUUAAAUAUAAAUAAUGGAGCAAAGAAAUUUAGGAAAGAGUGAUGUCGAGCGCAUCUUCAAUCAAUGGCUCAACGCCCCAGAGUUGAGAAGCGAGGUGCGUGGUUAUUUGCGGCAUCGUCUUUACACAGCCCUUCACAACUCAAAGUUGGGUCCUAAUUUUAAUCAGCUCGAUGUCCACCCUGUUUCACCAAAGUUGCAAACCCUGAAUCUCCUUAUCGCCGAGUACCUUUUGAAGAGCAGGCAUCACUUCACUUUGUCUGUAUUUUCCUGUGAAGCGCCAAACGUGAGCUGCAUCAGCCCAAACAUCCCAGAAAUGCUGAAAGUGCAAUCAGCAGAUGGUUCGAGCUCUCACGUCUUCAGCAAGGAGGACUUUGAAGACAUCGUCGAAACAUUAGGACUACCAAAAAAUUCAAACGUUAUUCAGCAACUGCAGCAAAAAUACCAAGAAGCCAGAGACCAAGCCCUUAUAACAUGUAUUAUUAGAAGUAUGCCUGAUUUUUUAGGGCAAAAUCAAAUGAAUACAGGUCUUCAGUCUACAGCAGAGGUACAAGGAGCCGAACUCAAUCGAGAAAUUGAAAUUUUAAAGAGCAGGCAAUGCCAAGAGGAAGUAAAAGAACUGACAGAAUAUUUCCAAAGAGAAUUGCAGAGGAAAGAUUUAAUUAUAAAAGAGCUACAACGAGCUGCUGCAGACUCGGAUGCAGCCGAGCAAAACGAUCGAAUUGAGACUCUCCAGAGCCAACUUAAAGAAAUGGAAAAGCAGUUCAAAAAUUUUGAGGCGGCUAAGGAACGAGAGAUAGUUGGUUUAAAGAAAUUAAAUAUGGCCCUGGAAAAUGAGAUGCUGGAUUUGCAAGGUGCGCUUGAAGCAAGAAAAAAGCACCUCAGGGACGAGGAGUUUAGGAUGGAGCGUGAAAAGUUGACCUUGAAGCGGAAUAAGAAAAAAUUGCAGAAACACCAGAAACAACUCGACGAAGUCUCCAUCGCUCUCACUGAGAAUUUCCCAGACCAGUCAAUGCUGCCUGCUCUGGAAAUCCAGGUUCAAAUGAAAGACCAAGAAAUAGCAGAGCUCAGGUCAAAAUAUUUGAGCCUUGUUGAAGAGAACAAGAUGCUGAAAAAUCUCAGCACUCAGCAAAGGAGUAGGAUCGAGAGUCUCGACAGAAAGGUUGCGUCUUUGGUGGAUGAGUUGCACCUGGCAAGAGAACGGGCGCUCAGGGCCAGACAGAUUGAAAGUGAAGGGGAGAGCAGUCCAACAGAUGACGUUGUUAAGGAUGCUAGGAAGAGAAUCAGGUCUCUUGAGGAGGAGUUUGAGGCGAUCGAAAAGCAACAUAGAGACUACAAAAAUCGAAGUGAUGUGUCACCCUUCUUCAGCACAUCUCUAGGGAACGAUCACAUUCCAACAUCUCCAAGAACAAAGGGAGGAAUCCCUCAGCAGCGUCUUCAGCCUGCAGCAGCUACUAGAUCACCAGGGUCGGCAAUGUUAGAGGAAAUCCAAACUUCGAUCAAAUCACUGUAUGACAGUGUGCAAGCCAAGCCUGAGAGACUUUCCCAAGCCAGGAAUAAUUCUGGAAGAUCAAGAGCACAGGUACUCGAUGUGUCAAUGAGCAGCAUUUCAUCAGAGUCAACUGGCAUCGAGGGUAGGGAGAGAGGUUUACAACUGCCAGGACCAAGUGGUAUCAAGUCUGUAUUUUCUCAAAGACUGGAUGAGUCAAUUUCUCCAAUUCUACCGGAGGAUAAUGAUAAACAAGAAAAUUUUGAGAGGCGAAACCCACCUCUCAACCAAACUACCCAGCUUGCAGAUUCAUUACUGAUGCCCCAAGCGAGUAAAUCGCUUGAUGCAACCAAGACUAACAUUCCAACCCUGGAGGCAGAACCUCUAGGGACAAGCGACGAACUGAAACUGACCAUUCCUAGUAGCAGCUCGAGCAGUAGUUCCUCAAAAGUUAAUGCUGCCGACAUGCUUAAAACAACAGUGACUGAAAAAGUUGUGACGCUUGGAGACAAAAACGUAAGUACGGUGGGAAGAAGCGAUGGUGACGGUAUGGUUGUAACAAGCACCAGUGAAGACCACAGUGCACCAGCCAUCAGUGCUGCUAGAGACGAUGACGACAACAACUUCUGGGACUUGUGAUGUUUAAACUUGCUGUGUUGUGUUAUGCACAUGAAAAAUUGUAAGCGUUUGUUUUGCUAUUGCACAAAGCCAAUAAAAACUAAUUUUUUUCUUAUAAAA